AAUGGGCAGCAGUCGAACCUUGCGGGAAAAAAAGUCAUUGGUACGCAAUGAUUCCCGCGUGUUUACAUACGACACAUUCCUUCACUAUAAGGCCAGGGAAUCAUGUUCAGGUAUGAUCAUAGGCACGUGGCCGCCCAGUACCAUCAAUCUGAAGUUCGAGUAAAUGCCCUCGUUACCCGCCAGAGGAAGGGGAUCUUGCCGAAUUGAGCUCUUUGUGCCUUAUUUAAGCCUCAUUGACCCCGUGGUAUUGAUGUCUAUUGCCAGUACACUAUGGCUGCAUUCAUAAGGACCAGAGGACAAAGGACGUCGCCACCAAGAAAACAAUUCUCACCCAAGCGGGAGCCUGUUGAUAGAAAUGUUCGUCGUUGGGGAAAAAUCGAUAGUCCGCUGGCAAUCCCAAAUAAACGAAGUUGGCUUCCGCUAUACGAAAAGACGAUGUCAUAUCCUUGAGUCUGGCGAUAGCGAGACUAACAAGCUAGAGCCUCAUUAUGUCUCGUUCGCAUUCGAAAACCAGCCACGUUCGCACCGGAAGCAAAUCGGAGGACGAUAUAUCAUCGCGCCAGCUACCGUCCCUCAAACAUGUCUUCGCUUUUACAACACGGCGUCAUUUCGGUCCUCUAGCAGCGGGCCUGGUAGCAGCGCUGUUUUCCGGCGCCCUCAAGACCUCCUUGGCCAUUCUCAUGGGUAGAAUAUUUGCUGUAAUUUCCAACUUUGGAGCAGGGCGUCUGGCUGGGCCAGAAACCGUUGCCCAAGUCUCGUACUGGUGUGUUGUGUUGGUCUCGGUCGGUGGACUAGGAUGGCUUGUCAAUUUUGCCUUCAUGUUCUGCUGGAUUGUCUUCAGCGAAAUCCAGGCAAGAGACAUUCGCAUAAAGCUAUUUAAGGCGCUCCUGGAUAAGGAUAUGGGCUGGUUCGACUGUCAAGUCGAUGGGGUCGCCAGCCUACUAGUAAGGAUGCAGACGCAGACUCGAGAACUUCAGAUGGCGUCUUCCAUAGUGCUCGGCUCGCUUUCUGAAGAGAUUGCUACGUUGAUCGCCAAUCUAGCCGUUGCAUUCUACGGCUCGUGGAAGCUCACGCUCGUGCUCAUGGCUACCGUGCCUCUGGCCACCAUUGUUCUUCGCCUACUGACACGCAAUCUGAAAUCAGCUAUGCAGGCGCAGAAACAGGCGCUCGGCCGAGCGUCGAAGUACGCGAUAUCGGCCAUAACCGCGAUAGAUCUCGUAAAGGUCUUCGAUGGUGUCGACAACGAAACACUGCAAUAUCUUCGAGCAAUUCGACAAUCCAUGCGUAGAUAUCUCAUCCAAGCCAGGGCCAAUGCAUACCAAAUAGGGUUCACCAGGUUCUGGAUCGACAGCAUGUUUGUGAUAGGGUUCUACUACGGUGCCUACCUUGUCGACGACGGACUAAGCCCGGGCAAUAUCAUAACCACCUUUUACGCCACCCUCGCCGCCCUCCAGGCCAUCCAGUCAUCUGUGCCGAUGUAUACGUCGCUGGUUAGGGGCAUGUCCGCGGGGCAGGCACUAUAUUUCAUCGCCCACGAUCUCGAAAACGGGCGCAGAGUUCUGCAAAUGAUGGGAGGUCACCGCCCGCGGGGGCGUCCUGGCGAUAUCGAAAUUAGCGAUGUCAGUUUCGCAUACCCGUCCAACCCAUCCACGAUCGUGCUAAGGAACUCCUCAUUCUUCUUUGGUGCUGGAAAGCUGUAUUUCGUUAUCGGACGAAGCGGAUCUGGAAAGAGCACGCUCGGAAAUCUAUUGGUGAAAUUUUACAAGCCCCUGAGCGGCAGUAUCCUAGUCGGCGGGCACUCACUCGAGACGCUUGACGUUGACUGGGUAAGGAGCAACGUCACGUUGGUCCAACAGACGAGUGUACUCUUCAACGAUACCUUUAUGGAAAACAUAGCGAUGGGUAGGAAGAGUCGCGAUGAUGUUUCCAGGGCUGACAUCAUGGCUGCGUGCGAGACGGCCCUGCUCCAAUCCACGAUAGCUUCACUUCCCAACGGACUUGAUACAUAUGUGGGGGCAGGUGGCCAUAACCUCAGCGGUGGGCAAAAACAGCGACUGGCCCUCGCAAGAGCAAGAUUGCGUGACCCUCCCAUUCUUAUCCUCGACGAAAUCACCAGCGGGUUGGAUCCAGUGAGCCGAAAUCUGAUCAUGGAUGCGAUCAGACAGUGGCGGCAGGGCAAGACAACAAUUAUCAUUACUCACGAAGUAGCGCAGAUCAAGGAUGACGAUUUCGUUUACGUGAUGGACGAUGCUCGGGUUGUGCAGCAAGGCUUCAGAAAAGACCUCCAGCGUCGGAAAGGGGGCAUGUUCUCCUCAUUAGCCUCCCUAGGGAAGGAUGAUCGAAAAGGUGAAUUGCAUGCUGAGAGCAGCGCCCCCAUCAACUUUGCUCAGCCUUGGGACAAUGUCGAUUAUCCUCGACUUGACCGUUUUCAGCGCCUUGACCGACGGCAUGACAGCCGGUAUCUAUUAAGUGCUUCUCUAACUAGGGUUUCGAAUAUGAUGACCCUGCAGUUUCUCGGCAGGCAGUAUUGGGACCAUGAAGAUAAGUCAGAUGGGGCUCCUCAGAAUGGCCCCUUGCUAGCCAUCUCAUCCGCCAGAAGCCGGGUCUCGACGUCGGAGGUCGGUCAUCAACUAUUUCACGGUAACUCUACUUGGAAGCUUCUUCGAGACCGAGGAAAUAUGGUGCAGGAUAGCCGGACUGGCUCCUCCCAAAAAGAGAGGCAAUUACAGAUGAACACUGUGCCUGCGGGAGACCACCAGCCACAUGAGAAGAUGGAGCCUGGGUCUAAAACGGAAAAGACACCACUGUGGAUGAUAUACAAGACUGUCUGGCCAGUGCUCACUUGGAGAGAGAAGUUAUACGUCGCAAUAGGGCUUCUCAUGUGCAUCGUCGCUGCGGGGACCGUUCCGGCCUUCUCUGUCGUCUUUGCAAACCUUCUUUCAGUGUUGUAUGAGGAUGGCGAUCGGAAGGCUGCCGGUCUGAAGUGGGCGCUGUACCUACUAGUAAUUGCUUCGAUGGGAGCAGUGUCGAAUUUUUUCAGCCUCUAUUUGAUGCAAUUGGUGGGACAAUCUUGGAUCAACGCUCUACGGAUGCAAGCACUCGACAGAGUCCUACGGCAGCCGAAGGUAUGGUUUGAUAAUCCGACGCACUCUGCUAACCGUAUCAACGAGUGUCUCGAUCGAAAUGCCGAGGAGAUGCGGAAUAUAAUUGGACGAUUCGCGCCUCUGCUGUUGGUUAUCGUUGUCAUGAUCGUUGGCUCCAUCACAUGGGCAUUGGCCAUCUCAUGGCGGCUCACGGUCGUGACCCUCAGCAGCUCCCCACUACUUAUACUGGCGACAAAAGCGUAUAGCUAUGUGUCUCACAUGUGGGAGCUUCGGUACAACAACGCUUCCGAGGAUACGAACGCUCAUGUUACUGAGACUUUCGUCAACAUACGUGUUGUCCGCGCCUUGGCACUAGAACGCUUCUUCUCUGAAAGGCAUGGGGGAUUCGCCCGUAGGACCUUCGGAAUUGGUGUCAGAAAGGCCUUUUGGACGGCUACCCUAUUCGCUUGCUGGCAGUCUAUGCUCUGGUUUAUGAUGGCUCUCACUUUCUGGUAUGCGACUAAACUCGCUACGCAAGGGGGGAUAACGGUGCAGGCUAUCCUACAAGUUGUGAAUCUACUUGUCAUCGGUCUGACAACAGCAUCAAAUACGCUGAACUCCAUACCCAGCCUCACUGCCGCCCAGGCUGCCGCCACACAGCUACUAUACUAUACGACUUUGGCACCGUGUAUCUCCUUAGAAUCAAAGGGGAAAAUCAAGCCCCCGACGCCUUUUCCGAUCAGAAUGCAAGGCCUAUCAUUUACCUAUCCGUCGAAACACCAACCUACACUUCGAAAUCUCACCCUACGCUUCGAUGCUGGCACAUCUACCGCCAUCGUCGGCCCCUCUGGAUGCGGUAAAAGUACUAUCGCAUCUAUUAUCCUAGGUCUGUACGAGCCAGACUCUUCCGACAGUACUUCAAUGGAUAGAAACAACCGUCGACAGCUUACUUUUGCUUCCACUCCCACCGAAGCGGUAGAUAUCAGGAGCCUUCGAACCCACUUUGGUUACGUCCCCCAAGCAGCUUUCCUCUUCCCCGCCUCUCUCGCGGCAAAUAUUUUCUACGGCCUGGGAAAGGAUUCGCCACUUCGGACUCUAGAUAACCUUGAGAGAGCAGCUAGAGAGGCGGGGAUCCAUGAAUUCAUUCACGGUUUAGCGGCUGGCUACGACACAGUCGUGGGUGACGGUGGACAGGCGCUCAGCGGCGGACAGGCGCAGAGAGUCUGUAUUGCCAGAGCUUUAGCCAGACGCCCGAGUGCUCUAAUUCUUGACGAGCCUACCAGUGCGCUAGAUACAGAGAGCGCCGAGGCCGUCAGGCACACGAUAGAAACCUUGAUGCGGCCUGCCGAGGCUAGUGUCUACCCCAGCAUGGCACGAGAGGGGAUGUCUGUUAUCGUGGUCACUCACAGCGAGGAUAUGAUGCAUAUGAUGGACCGUAUUGCUGUAGUUGACGAAGGGCGAGUGGUCGAAGUUGGGUCAUAUGAUGAAUUGCUUGCUAGGAAAGGCAAGUUUACGGCGCUCGUGAACGGCGGCGUGUGGAUGGAUGGAGAUUGAGUGAAGACGCAGCGACAGGGGAAGUUGUGAAGAUAGGUAGAGCGGCCCAGAGCGGCCCAGAGAAUACCGUCUAAUAUUCCUCACACCAAAUACGCCUGCUUGGCAC